AGGAUAGCAUAGCUCCAAACCCUGCGUUCCUGGCCUUGGUCGAAAAAACGCAGAGCUCUUGCGCACGCCUCCACCGAGUUCCAAACCCUGCGUUCCAUCAGCGGCGUCGAGUUCCACACGCCUCCUCCCCGACAUCUUGCCACCUCUUCCACCUGCCAGCCGCCUCCUCCGCCCUCUCAGCAGCGCACGGAACAGCAACGCCGCAGGACGCCGCACUCCGACGCACUCCGCCGACCCCUCCCGGAAAGGGUGACACCACGCCGGCCGUUCGUAUAAUGUCCUGAGUGAACAGAAUAGCUUAGAGAGUUAGCUGGUGCUGUUGAGUGCUGCCUUCAUAAGGAGGAGAGUCAAAUGUCUUUCUGGGGAAUUGAAGUUAAACCUGCAAAACCGGUCACUCAUGUGUUUGAUCAGACAAGAGGAAGGCUUCGGAUUUCUCAAGCAACAUUGGGUAUUGGCAGUGCAAACACAAAGAGCUUGGUUCAGUGCAAGGUGGGAAAUAAACUUCCACUUUUUCUGUGCACAAUGUUGCCUGAAAGGACAGAGUCUUGCCAUUUGGAUUUGGAAUUUGAGGAAGCAGAGAAUGUGGUCUUUUCUGUUGUUGGAUCAAGAAGUAUACAUCUAACUGGUUACUAUGUGGGUAAGAGUUCCAGUGCACAUUUAGGAGGAGGAGGCAGUGAUACAGAGUCAUAUGGAGAGGAUGUAGGCCACACCGACACAGAUGUGUCCAAUGAGUGUAGUGAUGAAGAUGAAUAUGAGGACAGCUUUAUUGAUGAUGGAGAGCCAGAGGUUCUCCCUUCACCCAUUUCUAGCGAUGAAAAUGUAGCAGCUGAAGGAAGCAAGAAAGGGAACCGAUGGCUUAGGAAGAAACACCAAGCAAUUGACUCUGAUGAUGAUGAAAACAUUCCUGAAAAUGAAGCAUCUCCAAAGAAAUUAUCAUCACAAAGUGGAGAAGAUAGUGGCAAGGUGACAGUUCAAGCAGAAAAUGGUGUAGGGGGUACUGAGGAAAAUGUUGAUAUUAGUGAUGCUGAAACCGCAAAGAGUGAAAAGCCUAGCAAGAAACGGAAAAACAAGUCUGAUAAUGCAAAAUCUAUUGAAGUUCCUGUAGAGGUCAAACCCCUUGCUGAAGAGGGAUCUGCGAACGGCCAGAAAUUAAAGAAGAGGAGAAAAGGUAACAAGGGAGAUAAAGUGGAUGAAUGCAAAGAUUCAAGUCCUAUCAAUACUCAUGAAAAGGUCAAGCGAAAUCUCGAGGCCACUAAUACCGUCAAGGAUUUGAUUGAAACUGCUGAUGAAAAUAAAUUGCAAACUAGUGCUCAAAAUGAUGAUGCUAAUUGUGGUGUAGCUAAUGGACAACAUGUGAAGAAACACGGAAAAAAGAAGAAUAAGAAGACCAAAGUUGUGGAUGAAGGAGCCAACAAUGGUCUGAGUGUGGAGUCCUGCGGAAUCAGGACUUUGUCAAAUGGAUUGACUACUGAAGACCUUGCAAUUGGAGAAGCUGAUGGAAAAGUUGCUACUCCAGGGAAAAAGGUGAAAAUUUACUAUACUGGCAUCCUGAAAGAGAACAAGCAGGUUUUUGACUCCAAUAUUGGUGAAACUCCUUACAAAUUCCGCCUAGGUGACAAACGCAUUAUUGACGGGUGGAACAUUGGUCUAGAAGGUAUGCGUGUUGGUGGCAAAAGGAGACUUAUCAUCCCUCCAUCAAUGGGCUAUGGCAGCCAGGGAGGUGGAGAGAACAUACCACCAAACUCAUGGUUGAUUUAUGAAGUUGAAUUGGUUGGAGUCCAUAAAUGAGUCUUUAUUUUAUUUUGCGUUAAUGUUGAAGAUACUUUUUUGAACUUGAAACCCUUGAGAAAGUCUGUCCUUAAAAUAUAUAUAUGUAUAUAUAUAUAUAUACACACACAUAUAUAUAUAUAUAUAUAGGAAUCGGUAAGGAUAGUAAGCAA